CGUAAGACAUAUAGGCAGUGCAGUUGAGGAUGCAUUUGGACCAUUGAUCCGGAGAAUCAACGGCUGAGAUUAACCCCGUGGUGUGUGUGCCUGGCAUACAGAGAGUCAACGCAUGAAGGGUAGACGACUUGGCAGGAAAUCACAAAGAUCCCAUGCUUGCUACUCUAUAUAUAAACACACAUGUGCAGGUGCACUUAUGCAUCAUAAUUCAGACACGAUAGGGAUUUAGUAUCUGAGCAAGCUAGAGAUAAGUUGAGAGUUGCAGCGAAUCAAUGGCGUUGACGGCCGCAUGGGAGAGCAGAGGGGCAGAGCAAGAGGGGGGAGGAGGAGGAGUCGAGCCGUCGCGCAGCGGCAAGGGUGGCAAUGGCGAAGAGAGGAUCAAGCGGGAGCACAUGUUCGACAAGGUGGUCACGCCGAGCGACGUGGGCAAGCUGAACCGGCUGGUGGUGCCGAAGCAGUUCGCGGAGCGGCACAUCCUGCCGCGGCUGCUCGGCGGCGCGGCGAGGGCGGCCUGCCCCGGCGCCGUGCUGCGGUUCGAGGACGGCCGCGGCGGCGGGAGGGCGUGGGCGUUCCGCUUCUCCUACUGGGGCAGCAGCCAGAGCUACGUCAUGACCAAAGGGUGGAGCGCCUUCGUCCGCGACCGCCACCUCGCCGCCGGCGACACCGUCUCCUUCUGCCGCGCCGGCGCACGCCUCUUCAUCGACUGCCGGCGGCGUGGCGCCGGAAUAGUAGCCUCGGCCCCGCCGACACACCUCCUCGUGCCAGCGGUGGUGCCGCAAGUCGUCACGCUCAUGCCGCAGCGGUCGACGUCCUCAGACGAGAGGGCGCCGCGCGGCCGGUGCGUCCGGCUGUUCGGCGUGGACCUCGAGCUCGCCGGCGCCGAGACGCUGCCUCUGGAUUUGCAGCUAGCUUUGAUGAGAAGAUGACCUCCGCAUGUGCUUCACUUGCCUGAUGCUUCCAGUUUUAGUAAACUAAGCUCCAGUUUGAUAGCUGAUUAUUAGAUAAUCAACGAAAGAAGGGAUCUUGUCAUCACAAA